UAGAAGUGAGGAUGUCAACGUGGCAAACAAAAUCCUCCUUGAUCUUGAUGGUAUCACCCAACGAAAACAGACCGUCAAACCGCGUUGAUUAAAUAAUAAUAAUAAAUGCCACACACACUCUCUCUCUCUCUAUGUGUGGGUGUUUCUGUCUGUGUGCUGCUUCAACAGGCGAGUCUUUUUACACGAUGCCCAUUCACAUCUCUUAAACUUAAAACACAAAAACCAACAAGAUAAACAUCACCACCUCACUUGUUUUCCUUGAAUGGAAAUGGAAACAACAAGAAGAAGAAGAAGUCUUUUGUUUUUGUUUUCUCUUCUAGUUCUACCAUUCUAUCUUGUCUCUGGGUUGAGCUCUGAUGGGUUAAACCUAUUAUCAUUGAUGACCCACUGGACUUCAGUACCUCCUUCCAUCUAUUCUACCUGGAAUGCUUCACACCCAACACCAUGCUCAUGGGUUGGAGUUCACUGUAACCCUAACAACCAUCAUGUCCACUCUCUCAACCUCUCCUCUUACCUCAUUUCCGGUCAUAUAGGAGGCCCAGAGCUUGCAAACCUCACCCAUCUCACAUCCCUUGACUUGAGCUUCAAUAACCUCUCUGGACCCUUACCUCCACAACUUGGUAACUGUACCCGUCUUCGUUAUCUGGACCUUUCCUACAACAUCCUCUCUGGACCCAUUCCACACACUCUAGGGAACCUCAUCCACUUAACGCAGAUCAUUCUUUACAGUAACAAACUUACCGGUUCUAUCCCUUACCAGAUUGGCAACUUGAGUAAUCUUGAGGAACUUGAUUUCUCUUUAAACCACCUCACAGGAACAAUACCAGAAAGCCUAUGGAAGUUGCAAAAUCUUAGGGUCUUAAGUCUUUAUGGCAACUCUCUUCUAGGUUCUGUACCCUUCUUAGUUAACGCUCCCUAUUUGGAAGCUGUUUAUCUCACUUCUAAUCAGCUUAGUGGUCCCAUUUCAUCGACCAUAGGUAACCUUAGCAACCUAGUUGACUUGCAGUUAGACAGCAAUCAGUUCUGGGGUCCUAUUCCCUCAUCCAUUGGGAAGUGCAGCAGGCUGCAGACCCUCAUGCUUGGUAACAAUCGCUUCACUGGUGAAUUGCCUAAUACCCUCAAUCAUCUUUCUCAGCUUACUAAAUUAGACGUCCAUAACAACAGUUUAAAAGGUAGCAUUCGCUUUGGCGGUGGUAACUGUUUGAAUUUGGUCUACUUGGAUAUUUCAUUUAACCAGUUUCAUGGCCUCCUGCCUCAUGAACUGGGAAACUGCAGCAGCUUAAACCAAGUUGCUGCUGUUAACUCUGGGUUAGGUGGCUCUAUUCCUUCUUCUAUUGGUAAACUUACUGCACUCACCACUCUUUACCUUUCUAUUAAUCAUUUUUCUGGAAAUAUACCACCUGAGCUUGGCGGUUGUAAGUCCUUGGUUGAUCUACAACUCCAUGCUAACCAACUGGAGGGCCUUAUCCCGAACGAACUCGGGAUGUUAAGUCAACUGCAAGUACUUGAAGCGUUUGAUAACCGUCUGACAGGAGAGGUGCCUCUGGGAAUCUGGAAGAUUAAGGGCCUCAAGAAGCUCAACAUAUACAACAAUAAUCUUUCAGGGGAACUGCCCGAUGAGGUUGCUGGAAUGAAGCAACUAAGGGAGAUUACGUUGUACAACAAUCGCUUCACUGGAGCUAUACCUCAGGGGUUGGGUAUCAAUAGCAGUUUGACUGUGAUCGAUUUCACCAAUAACUCAUUCACCGGGAAAAUUCCACCAAGCCUCUGCUUUCGAAAGCAGCUGCAAAGGCUACUUUUGGGUUAUAAUUAUUUACAAGGCAGUGUGCCUCAUGAUGUUGGAAGCUGUUCUAGUCUUUCAAGAUUAAUUCUGCAACAUAACAACCUCACAGGAGUCCUUCCAGAGUUUAUGGAGAACCGCAACAUGCUAUACAUGAACCUUAGGGGCAACUUUUUUAGCGGAAAAAUUCCAGCCAGCUUCGGAAAGCUUACCAAUAUCACAGAAAUUGACCUCUCAAUGAAUAAACUCUCUGGUAACAUACCUCUAGAGUUGGGAAAUCUUGUGCAGAUUCAAGCUCUGAAUAUUUCCUACAAUGAACUCCAAGGUCCUUUGCCAUCCCAGCUAGGAAAUUGUAGCAGGUUGUUGGAAUUCGAUGCAAGUCAUAAUUCGGUUAGUGGUUCCAUCCCAGCCGCAUUUGGGAAGUUGACUCAGCUUUCAACUUUAAGUCUAAGCGAUAAUCAUUUCUCUGGGGAAAUUCCGCAUUUUAUAUCUCAACUCCAAGAUUUAAUAGAUCUCCAAUUAGGUGGGAAUUCAUUCAGUGGUCAUAUCCCGUCAUCGAUAGUAGAGCUUCAUAGUCUAAACAGGUUGAAUCUCAGCAGCAACAAACUGAUUGGUGGCAUUCCAUCAAAUUUUAGGAAGAUGGUAAUGCUAGAGCAUUUGGAUGUUUCACACAACAAUCUAACUGGGGAUUUAGCAUCACUUGGCGACACCGUCGGGCUGGUCACCUUAGAUGUUUCUUUUAAUCAUUUCACAGGCCCGAUACCAGCAACUUUAUUGAAGUCUAUCAGCUCGUCGUCCUUCGUGGGGAACACAGGUCUUUGUGUAGAUUGUUGCAUUGAAAACAGCAAUAUCAAACCAUGUGUUGUUCGAUCACGGGGCCUGAAGAAACGACAUUAUAUAAUGAUAGCAGUUGGAAUGUGUCUGUUUGUGAUGGUUGUCUAUCUAGUACUCUAUCUGGCGGUUAUCUGUCGCAGAAAACAAAAACAGGAAAUGGACAUGCUUGCUGAAGGGUGCUGUUCAUCUUUGGUCAUAAAGGCGCUGGAAGCCACUGAGAAUUUGAAUGAUAAGUAUAUUAUUGGGAGGGGGGCCCAUGGUACAGUGUACAAGGCUUGCUUGGGUCAUGGUAGGGUCUAUGCUGUGAAGAGGCUUGGUUUUGGAGGGGGGCAAACAAGUAUGAAAAGAGAAGUUGAGACGGUUGGGAAGGUGAGACACAGGAAUCUGGUGACGAUACAAGAUGUGUUGAUAAAGAAGGAUUAUAGUUUGAUUUUGUACAAGUAUAUGGAAAACGGUAGCCUAUAUGAUGUUUUGUAUGAAAAAGAACCAACAUUAGUCUUAAGUUGGAGCGUUCGGUACAGGAUAGCUUUAGGAACUGCCCAGGGUUUGGCAUAUCUCCAUUUUGACUGUGAUCCUGUUAUCAUACACCGGGAUAUAAAACCCAUGAACAUUCUUUUGGAUGGUGAUAUGGAAGCUCAUAUCUCGGACUUUGGCAUUGCCAAGCUUCUAGAUCAGUCUGCUACUGGUGCACUAGCAACCAGCACACUUAUGGGCACAAUAGGUUACAUCGCUCCAGAAAACGCGUUCACGAGGUCAGCAAGCAGGGAGUUGGACGUAUAUAGCUAUGGAGUUGUGUUGCUGGAGCUUAUAAGUAGGCAGAAGCCUGUGUUGAUAGAAAAUGUGGACAUGGUGUCGUGGGUAAGGUCGAGAUCGGAAGAAAUCGAGAAGAUUGUAGACAGAGGGCUGUUAGAGGAAAUUGAAGAAGAUAAGAGGGUGAGGGAACAAGUGAGAAAAGUGGUGUUGGUGGCCUUGAGAUGUACAGAGUGGGAACCAACCAGAAGACCAACAAUGAGGGAGGUGGUCAAGUGUCUUCAAGAUUCAGUUUAGGACACUUGAUAGAUGCUACUCUUAACUAGUAAUGUUUACCUCAUAUGUCGUCACUACUUCAUUAUCAGUUAACAAAUACUAGUGUUGUAAUUAUUUAUUAUUUAUGAAAACUGACUUGAGUGGCACAUGUUGGAGGCCUGAGAAGAACAAAGGCCAUUGGUUUUCUAUGUUAACUAGAGAGGUAUCCAACCGCGUGUUGCCAUGGGGACGCGAGAGGAAUUCGAUUGGUA